GCCUUAGCGAGGCUUCGGCCACGGGGCAGGUUGUUUGUAGGUUGGCGGCUCACGAGCAGAAGUGAUGUUGCCGAGGCGUCAACGGCUGCUCUCAAGCCCGGCGGAGGGCGGUGUCUUCGCGGCCAGCCUUCUUUUUCUCUUGCUGUGCUCGCCUCACGGCGCCUGUCUGCGACACCCACGGCCAGGCGGCGGGGGAAGGGCCCCGGGACCCCCUGUCUUGCUGGUGCCAGGAGAUCUGGGUAACCAGCUAGAAGCAAAACUGGACAAACCUUCUGUGGUACAUUACCUCUGCUCCAAGAAGACAGACAGUUACUUCACAUUGUGGCUGAACUUAGAACUGCUUCUUCCUGUGAUCAUUGACUGCUGGAUUGAUAAUAUCAGGCUGUUGUACAACCGAACAAGUGGAACCACCGGACCACCUGAUGGGGUGGAUGUCAAAGUCCCUGGAUUUGGGCAAACCUUUUCCUUGGAAUUCCUUGACCCAAGUAAAAGAAGCGUUGGCACCUACUUCUACACACUGGUGCAGCAUCUGGUGAGCUUGGGUUAUCGACGGGAUGACGACAUCAGAGGCGCUCCUUAUGACUGGCGGAAGGCACCAAAUGAGAACAGAGACUACUUUGUGGCCCUCCAGAAGCUGAUAGAGAUAAUGUAUGAAGAGUUCAAAGAACCAGUAGUCUUAAUCGCCCACAGCAUGGGGAAUAUGUACACCCUCUACUUCCUCAACCAUCAGCCUCAGGAUUGGAAAGACAAAUACAUAAGAGACUUUGUGUCACUAGGUGCUCCUUGGGGAGGUGUGGCUAAAACCCUCCGUGUAUUGGCAUCAGGAGACAACAACAGGAUCCCAGUCAUCAGCUCCCUUAAGAUCAGGGACCAACAGAGAUCUGCAGUUUCGACCAACUGGCUGUUGCCUUACAACUACACAUGGCCUCCCAAUAAGAUCUUCAUCAGCACACCAACUGCCAACUACACUCUUGAGGAUUUCCAGAAGUUCUACAAAGAUAUCGGCUUUGAAGAUGGCUGGCUUAUGAGAAAAGGGACCGAAGCCCUAGUCUACGAGAUGCCUCCACCAGGGGUGCGCAUACACUGUCUGUAUGGCAUUGGAGUAGAGACCCCUGAUUCGUUCUUCUAUGAGAGCUUCCCAGACAAGGAGCCAAAGAUAUUCUACGGUGACGGUGAUGGAACGGUGAACUUAGAAAGUGCCUUGCAUUGUCGGAAGUGGGUGGGGAAGCAGAAGCAGGAGGUGAUACUUCACGAGCUGCCAGGAAGUGAACACAUCGAGAUGCUGUAUGACGCCCAUACAAUUUCCUAUGUAGAAAAGGUUCUCACUGGUUCAUGACACAGGGCAGAGGACCUUUUUUAUUCACAGCAUUAACUUGAGGGGAUCUGUUCAAAGCAGGGUGGGGGUUGUCUUUUUUUGGCUCCCUCUUUUAAAAUCCCAUUUACUAGACAGGGUGGGGAAGCUGCUUUGGUUUUAAUGAUCAUUUGUCUUGGAUUAGUGCUCAUGCUCAGGCCAACACACUUGAGCGUCCAUUCGCAUGGAGAACGUGCUAUGCUCACUGGUCUCCAGGAUUGUAGGGAUGUUUCUCUCUUUCCAUAUAUGUUGAGCUGUAGUGCGAGGGAGAGGAUAUGAGAACUUGAGGGUUGCAAGUUCUUCUUUAUUGGUCCUGGUAGAGAAAUCUGUCAUGAAGGGAAGUCCCAGCAGUGGGUAUGACAAGCUGACACAGGUUUUUAAUACUACCAUCGUUUAGCCACAUUCAGCCAUACAUUGGGCUAUUGGUGAAUUUGGCUUCCUGGCAGGAUCUUCUAGUGCUGAGCUAGAUUUGUCUGCUUGGUCUUUGUGAGGUGGAAUUAAAAUUCAGAGGCUGUGGACAAUGAAAUCUCAAGUGCUACUGAACCUAGGAGGAGUUUGUCAUUUGGAGAAGUUUGUCAUUUGGAGACUGUAGUGCUGCAGAUUUUCAGGUGAGAUAUAUUCUACCAACUUAGUGUGGUCUCUCUGCACUACUGAGAACAGUUGGCAGUCAGUGGUAAUACUUGAUCUUGCUGCAUUCGAAAUACAGGGUGAUGGCCAACACUCGUCUAGCCAGAUGCAACACUCCCCCAAUCCUAGGGAGAUGCUGGCUACCUUCCAGGCAUAUUUUGCGAAAUACUUUGCUCUAUGAGCAAGUUGCUCUUGUCACUUGGAGGUCUUUUAUGGAGUUUAAAGGGGUCACAGAGAACUAAUUCUGUUCAGAAAUGUUGGGAGUUCCUAGGUUAUAGUGUCCCACUGGAAUAUCCUUUCCUUGUUGCUUCAGCUCUCUUCUGUAGGUUCCUUAUGGGAGGAGAAACUCAAGAGUGAAAUAACAGGACGCACCAGCAAGUGUGCUCUGGUCUGAGUUCUUCCCAGUGUGAAUGAAUUUCAGAAUCUGUGCAUGUUAUUCCCAACCUCCCAAAUCAGUGCUCACUGCCAGAAAAAAUAAUGGAGGUCUAACAGUUGCAGAUAAGAAGCAAACGGUCUUGCCUUUCACUUGGCGUACUGUGGGAUAUUGGUUGCUUGAUGGUGUUGCAAGCCUUAAAAGCACAAGAAAGAAAGCUGCUUCAGUCAGUGAUUACACAGGGUAACAGGGUGUGAGGGGGAUUAUUUCCCACAAGCAUGUGCCAAAACCCCAAGUUCGAAGUUCAUUAUUUUGUCAUGGACGCAUUGGCUUUGGUCCGAAUAAGCUAUAGCCAGCCUGGUUGUUUCAGUUAAGAAAGCAAGUUGUGGACACAUUCUGGUGUUCUUAGUCUCCAGGCCUCAUCCUGGCCAAACUGUUUGAGUGAGAGUGAUUGUUCACAGGCUGAAAAUGGAGUUCUGUUACUGGUCUUGUGUAACCUUUUCCAUUUUACCUCAAGCUUUUAAGGUUACCCUGUUCUCAGACAUAAUUGAUUGUUACAUGUGCAGUAUCUUUAGCAUUAAUUGUGGUCCUUUAUAAACCAAGGUAGUUAUGUUUGGUGUAUGUUUCUUGCCUUAUGAAAUGCACAGUCUUGUUUGGUUUCCUGUUCUUCAGCAGCUGGUGUAAGUAAAAGCCACUCACAGCUGCCAGCCCCGUGGGUGUGCACCUGUCAUUGUGCAAAUUCUUCCAGCAGACAUUCUUUCACACUUGGCCCUCUCAGAUCAUCUCCUCAAGCCAUGUCUUUGAAUAUCAACUUAAGUCUGUGGAGUUUUGAUUUUGUCAAGAUCUCAUGCUAAUAGAACCUGCUGAUCUGCCCCGGUUAUUAUUAUGGUUCUUAAGUAGAUUGUUCAUCUUGUCUAAGUCCCCUUGCAGUCUAAAGGUACCAUAAUGUUCAGUGACUUGUGGAUGAGUGUGCAGCUAAAACCUUCCCCUUCCAUUGAUGAAGCAGAGCUCUUGUUGCACAUGGAGCUUGUUUGGUGGGCUGAGGCAAAGAAACAGAGGGUAAAUCCCAUCCAAUACCCCAAUAACUUGCAUGCAAACUAGUGUUUGCGGAAGCAGGUUUGUGUCUUGGCAGAAAGGAAAGGUGGGAGAGGAAUACCCAUUGCUAAAAACACUGAUUUUUCUUGAGCCAUUUGCUGACCCGUACCUUAUCAUGCAUAUAAGCGCCAUCAAAAUGGUCCUUAGGAGAGUAACCUUUGCAAAAAAGUAGAUCUUGACUCCUCAGGCAGAGAAGCGGGCAGGACAUUGCAGUCAAGAAUCAUGGGAAGAAUUAGGGGUUCACUUAACUUGCACAGGCUUAGUUUCAGUAGGGGAGGAAAGCUAAGGGAUUAAGCCAAAACCCUGAUGGUGUACUCUGUGAUGUGCCUGCUACAAUCCAUUAUCCCUUUGGUAGAGCUCAUACCAAUGCAGGUGAUUGCUGGCAUCUAUUGCUGCUAUUUGCCGAGGCACUGCAUAAUCCCACUUCAGAGUGGUAACAAAGCUGUGCUUUGUUGUGUGGCCCCUUUUCAUUGGGCCGGAUGUUUGUUCCAUUCCAUGCCUCCCUGUUGCCUCCAGUUCUGUGACAAUUUUCUCAUCUGUUGUUCCAGCUGUUGUCAUCCAUUUAAUAUCUUCAGGCAUGUCCCAUCUGUGUCUCCUGGCAACAUAACCGUUUCCCUCUCCUGCAUUUGGCUCAUAAAAGUAUCAGCGUCCUGUAAAUGCCUUUUUUUUAAUUCAUGCUUACGGAUUUUUGGAUGUAAGCUCUUCAUUUCGGCUGUUUUCAGCCAUUCGCUGUCAGUCAUAGUUGUACUCCAGGUGUUUGAUCCACAGCUCAGUCUGAUAGAUCGUAAUCCCACUUGUGAAUGUCUGCCUGCCACAUGCCAGACCUCAGUGUAUCAAAAUGCAUUGGGAUGACUUUGCCCACUCUUCUAAAUUCCGCUUUGGGUUUUAACCAGGAUCCUUCACAUUCUGCAACCUGGCCCAUGAGAUUUUUUUUUCCAGGACAGCAUCCUCCCAUCUGCCAGGACAAACUGCUUUUGAAACAGGAGAGUUUUAAAACAGGUUUUAUACAGCUUGGAGAGAGAACUACAAAAAGACAAAAAAAAUUUUUUUUUCUACUGAGGGUUCAAAAGCUUUUUUAAUUAAUCCAAAAGCCUCUCUUUGCACCCAGACUGCCGCUGUUGUCUUGAAGAAAACAUCUCUUGUGUGUUUUUUUCAACAGCUCCCCUCUUCACAGUACCUCUCUAGGCGGCCCCUGUGGUACAAAAUCAGAGCUUUAAAAAAUUUUUUUUUAAAGUGUUUUUAAACCUUUCUAGGACCAAAUGUAUUCUGACAAAUGUAGAGAGUGAGUGCUGGAUGGGACUUUGGCCCUUUUCUUUUAAAAAGAAAGUAAGUAAUGCUGCUGUGUGAGGUUUCAGGGAGGUUUCACUGCUGAGCAGUAGUUGCAAAGGAGCUUGCCAGGCCAAAGCGAAGGUUGGCUUUUGUGGAGGAUGACAGUGUUUGAGCCUUUCAGAAAUUCAGGGACUGUGCAACAACUUCUGCCGUUCUCUUCUUUUAACAGUAUUUUGUAUAGAACAGUGCUUGGCGAAGCCUGGCAUUUUUAUACACAUCCUUUGUGAAUGACUGAGUUCAAUAGUUUGUUUUUUGCAUAUUUGUUUACUUUAAUAACAUAAUAAAGUCGAUCGAAUACUAAA